UGUUCUCUCUAGCUUACAUUUAAGAUGAGGGGACGGAAAUUUUUGUUCGACGGACCAGCAUGGGAACGACCGUGGCAGUAUGUCAGGUUCUCCGGUGGACUGUGAAGACUGCUGCCUCCCCUCUGCUCAGUCCACUUCAGCUAUGGAGAUACCACUCCAAGCCUCUGUGCGUCGGGUGCAGGCUAUUCUGUUCCUCCUCCAGCCAGAGUACUCUGCAGUCAAAGCAAGAGAACUAUAACCGUAGUCAGUUAUCUGAGAAGCCAGUCACGGAGCUGUCCCUGCGGUCUUUAGCCGACAUGGGAUUCACAGACAUCCAGGCAGAGGAGAUAUAUCAGACAGUGUCCAAUGUCAGAGGAGGAAGCGUCGCCAAACAUGCUCUGUCAACUCUCACAGCUCUGUUUGUUUUGGGGCUCAAUCCCUCCAGUGUGCUGAAGCUGCUACAGAAAUGCCCUGAACUGUACACUGUCAAGGAAUCACAGCUUCAGCAGCGCAUAGACAACCUGCGGAAAGUAGGUUUAGGCGAAGGCAGUCUUCAGAGAGUGGUGGCCCAUUACCCCCAGAUCCUGACUGUGACUGUGAAGAAACUAAAACAUGUGGUGGCGUUUCUCAGAGAGAAGUGCCUGUUUACCGUCCAGCAGGUCACAGACAUCCUCAGAGAUAGUCCGGCCAUAGUACUGGAGGACCUGGGUCAGGUGGAGUACAAGUUUCAGUACGUCUACUUCAAAAUGGGUGUCAAACAGGCUGAGAUAAUUAAGUCCAGGCUGUUUCGUUUCACUCUGGACGAUAUUCGCUGUCGACACUGUUUUCUGGAGCGGAGGGGUCUGUACCAAACCCCAGACAAGAAUGGACAGACGGCCAUCAUCAACCCUAAACUGGACAGCAUCCUUAGCGCCGACCAGGACACUUUCCUCAGAACGAUUGCAAAGGCGUCAGCAGAGGAGUACGAGGUAUUUCAGAGACUGAUGGCCAGAGAAUGGCAGGAGGAGGAGAAGAUGUACGGCAGCUUUGAAGCCGAUAGUGAUGAUGACGAGGAAGAGGAGGAGGAUGAAGAAGAUGAGGAGACUGGAGGCAAGAGUGGAUACAGGAGGAGAAGAAAGAAAUGACUGUGGGGGAUGGACUCAGAGAAAUGAAAAUAAUUUCAAGAGGAAAUAUCAAUAUCAAUCAAAGAAAACAACAUAUCUGAUAGUAAAUGAAAUAAUAAAAUGUUUCCUUCUAA